CCAUGGAGACAGGAGGAGGCUGGGCCCGGCCGGAGCAGCGAUGGAGAAAUACGAGCGGAUCCGGGUGGUGGGGAGAGGGGCCUUCGGCAUCGUGCACCUCUGCCUGCGCAAGGCCGACCAGAAGCUGGUGAUCCUGAAGCAGAUCCCAGUGGAGCAGAUGAGCAAGGAUGAGCGGCUGGCAGCACAGAACGAGUGCCAGGUCCUCAAGCUGCUCAGCCACCCCAAUGUCAUUGAGUACUAUGAGAACUUCCUGGAGGACAAGGCACUCAUGAUCGCCAUGGAGUACGCCCCAGGGGGCACACUAGCAGAGUUUAUUCAUAAGCGCUGCAACUCCUUGCUGGAUGAGGACACCAUCCUGCACUUCUUCGUGCAGAUCCUCCUGGCUCUCCACCACGUGCACACCAAGCAGAUCCUGCACCGUGACCUGAAGACUCAGAACAUCCUCUUGGACAAGCACCGCAUGAUUGUCAAGAUUGGAGACUUUGGUAUCUCCAAAAUCUUGAGCAGCAAGAGCAAAGCCUACACGGUUGUGGGAACCCCGUGCUACAUCUCCCCAGAGCUCUGUGAAGGGAAGCCUUACAACCAGAAGAGUGAUAUCUGGGCUUUGGGCUGUGUGCUGUACGAACUCGCCAGCCUCAAGAGGGCUUUCGAAGCUGCGAAUCUUCCUGCCUUGGUACUGAAGAUCAUGAGUGGAACGUUUGCCCCAAUAUCAGACAGAUACAGCCCCGACCUGCGCCAGCUCAUCCUUAGCAUGCUGAACCUGGAUCCUUCCAAGCGGCCCCAGCUGAAUGAGAUCAUGGCCCAAGCCAUCUGCAUUCGGCCCCUUCUGAACCUCUACACUGACGUGGGCAGUGUCAAGAUGAGAAGGCCUGAAAAACCCUUGGCUCCAGUGCCAACAGUGACCCACAGCCGGACGGGGGGACGAGUGAGCAGUGCCAGGCCGAGGGGUGUUCGAGGGGGCUCAGCCAGGACAGGAAUCCCUCCUCCUCUGUCAUCCAUCUACACGUGGGGGAGCGGGAUCACCACCCCCCUGCGCCUGCCCAUGCUGAACACUGAGGUGGUGCAGGUGUCUGCAGGCAGGACACAGAAGGCUGGGGUCACCAAAUCAGGGAGGCUCAUCAUGUGGGAGGCUCCCCCGAUGGGUGCUGCGGGAGGCCCUUCCCUCCCCGGAGCCACCGAGCAGCUCCAGCCUCAGUUUGUGUCCCGCUUUCUGGAGGGUCAGUCUGGUGUGACCAUCAAACACGUGUCCUGUGGUGAUCUCUUCACAGCCUGCCUCACAGACAGGGGGAUAAUCAUGACCUUCGGCAGCGGCAGCAAUGGCUGUUUGGGGCACGGAAACUUCACGGAUGUGAGCCAGCCCAAGAUCGUGGAGGCCCUGCUGGGCUACGAGAUGGUGCAGGUGGCCUGUGGCGCGUCCCACGUCCUGGCGGUUUCCAACGAACGGGAAGUGUUUGCCUGGGGCAGGGGGGAUAAUGGUAAGAGAUGGCUGCUUGGUAAAACAGGGCUUGUGCUUCCCAUUGCCUGUUCCUACUCCUCUCACCAGCCCUGCUUGCCCACGGUCCUCUCCAGAUGUGCCAGGGUAGGUGGGUGUGGAAGAGCUGCAGCUGCUUUACCGCAUGCCAGUGCCCCCGGGGUUUGGGUUUCGCUGCCUUCUAUGGGCUCUUGUAGCAGCUACGUUGAUGUUCAGGUUGUGUGUUGCCAUCAGCUGUGUCCUGCUCUGUUCCCUCUGCCAGGUCGGCUCGGGCUGGGUACCCUGGAGUGCCACAACUCCCCCCAGCAGGUCACAGUCCCACCGGAGCAUGAGGCCCAGAGAGUCAUCUGUGGCAUCGAUUCCUCCAUGGUCCUCACAGUGAAGAACCAGAUUCUUGCUUGUGGGAGCAACAGGUGUAACAAACUGGGCCUAGAUCGGAUCAGCUCAGCAGAGGAGCCUUCCCCAGAGGACCAAGUGGAAGAGGCCACCGUGUUCAUGUGUGCCCAGUCGGUCCCCUUGAACCAAGAGCCGAUCGUGUGUGCUGACAUUGGUACAGCGCAUUCGGCUGCAGUCACAGCUUCUGGCCAGUGUUACACCUUUGGGAGCAACCAGCACGGGCAGCUGGGUACCAACUCCUGCCGCAACAGCCGUGUACCCCACCUUGUUGUGGGGCUCCAGGCGAUGAAGGUCACUGUGGUGGCUUGUGGGGAUGCCUUCACUGUGGCCAUUGGUGCAGAUGGUGAGGUGUGCACAUGGGGGAAAGGAGCCAGGGGACGCCUGGGCAGGAAGGAUGAGGAAACGGGAACGCCAAGGCCGGUGCAGCUGGAGGAGACACAUCCCUACCUGGUGACCUCCAUAGCCUGCUGUCACGGGAACACGCUGCUGGCAGUAAAGCCUGCCGUGGAAGAGUCGCCUUCCCAGUGAGUUUGAGUCAAGAGGAGAUGGAUGCAUCCAUCCUCAUCGUGUACAAUGCUGGGGCUUCCCCCAGCUGCCUGGAAUGCCUUGUCCUCUCAGUGCUUCCUGAUGGCUCAGCCCUUGCAUCCCCAGGCUCAGGAGCCCCAAAGAGGAAACAGGGAGCUCCUACGAUGGUUCCCAUGGAACCGGAGCUGGUCUCACUUAUGGAAUCAACAAGGAUCACUGUGAACCUCCAGUGCCUGAGAGCUGCUGCCCUGGACGUGCCAUGGGGUGGACAUCCCCAGAGCUCCGCUGCUGCUGUCAGUGGGGAAGCCUCCCUGCUGGAAGUGCCUGUGUGGAAGGGUGAGGAGCACAAAGGUUGUUUUCCCAGUGGAAACUGUCUCUGGUUACACAGCCCAGGCUGACAGCUCGGUGUCUGAGAGCUGUCAGCCUGUGCGCAGCAGUGUCUGGAGUUAGGGCCCCAGGCGCUCCUCGGGGUGACUAAGUGCAAACCUCUUUUCUAAUUAGAGAAGCCUGUCCUUUCCCAUCCCCCAAAAAGCAUUUCACCCAUUUGUUGAGCUGUUUAUCAUGCUUUUGAGGGUCCUGCUCUGCACAGCAGGACGAACCCGGCAUGAGCAGCCCCUUUGUGCAGCACAACCUGGUUUGCUCUCCCAAAAUACAGCCUGGAGCUUUCCAAUUAGAGCCUCCCCCAGCACCAGGAGCUCACCAGAGGAUCCUCCAGCUGACAUUUGUCCUCAGGCCCCUAAAUCCUGCUGCUGACCAGCUCACAGCCUCCCAGCUGAGCUAGCAGAAGGCAGCGAAACACAGCGAGUGAUUGUCAGUACUUGAAGUUUUUUAACCCAGAUCUCUCCGGGGAGAUGAUGAGCUUUCACCAGGGAUCCUUUCUGCAGGAGGGGGCAUAUCACCAUGUCACAGACAGGAGUUACAGUUUUUAUCUCCAGAAGGGUCUUUUCCUUUCCUUUUUCCCCCCCCUCCUCUUUUCUUUUUUUAACUUACAUCUGCCCUGGGCCAUUUUUUGAUGAGCUUCUGUCUCUGAUCUGUCUGACAUUGCAAAUGCUCUUGCCUUUCACAUCCAUCUUUGUGCCGUUGCCAAUCUGUUGUGUAUAAAGUCAGGGCUUUCAUAA